CACUGCUGAGAAAAUUUACAAGGAAGCAGUCAUCAAUGGCUUGGUACUGUUCCGGCACCACAAAUGCCGAGUUGAUCGAGAACCUCUCCAAGGAAGGACUGAUUAAAAAUGACCGGGUGAAAAAAGCUAUGAUGGGCGUUGAUCGCGCCCAUUACGCGCCCUCGAGGCCAUACUCCGACUCGCCGCAACCUAUCGGACAUGGAGCGACGAUUUCGGCGCCACAUAUGCAUGGCCAUGCUUGCGAAUACUUAGUUGAGUUCCUCAAGCCCGGAUCCCGGGUAUUGGAUAUCGGCUCAGGAUCCGGUUAUUUGACGCAUGUUCUCGCCAAUCUUGUUACAGAUAGGUCUACCAAUGAUGCCAGUGGUCAGGUUAUCGGAGUGGACCAUAUCCCAGAACUUGUUGACCUGGCCCGGGCGAACAUGAGCAAGUCAGAGCAAGGUCGCACUCUCCUAAAUUCCGGAAAAGUCAAAUUCAUCACCGCCGAUGGUCGGCUUGGCUGGAGGGAAGGGGCCCCUUAUGAUGCAAUCCAUGUGGGCGCAGCGGCAGACAAGCUACACCCGGUUCUCAUUGAGCAGUUACGUGCCCCAGGACGCUUGUUCAUACCCGUUGAUGUGGAGAAUGACGAUGGCACCCUAAGAAGCCUUGGACUCGGUGGUGGACAGUACAUAUGGGUUGUUGACAAGAAAGAGGAUGGCUCUGUUCACAAGGAGAAGAUUUUCCAGGUUAGCUAUGUGCCACUGACGGAUGCGCCGAAGCGAUCAGCCUAACAACCCCCCUCACUCCUGCUGUGUUAAUUCACCUAGCUAGUGAUAAUCUAAAACUCCCGUUAUGAAAGUGAGAAAAAGAAAGAUAAUAAACGGGAGGGAUAGGAGGUGGAGCGGACAGAAUGCAGAUUCACAAGGAGAAUUGAAUGCCGUAUCAC